GCUUUCCGAACAUGACCUCAAUUUUUUAACCUUACCUAGCUUGCUGAAAUAUUUUAUAUCCUUUCUGCAAAUGUGAUAUCUAUGCAUUGAAAACCUGGAUAUAAUAUUGACAGCAGUGUCUUUCAGAGACUUGUCCUACAAAAUGAAAAUCUUUAUUGUUCAGCUACGGAAGGCGCAGAUACUAGAAAUAGUAUUUUUGCGCAGCUGUCGAAGUUUGCUUGUCAUUCAGUGCCGGACGCCUACACACAGCUAAUAUGUUUACAUUUAAGUUUUCUUGCUGUCUAUCAAUGCGUCUGCUGUCAAUUUGUAACUGUAAUAUGUUACGGAGAGAUUAAUAGGUAGCAAAAUGGUUUAGGUAAAAAAAAAAAAAAAAAAAAAAAAAAAAGUUUCUAAAUAUGGGAUGUGUUUCAUCAAGAAUCAUUGUUGAGGAUACAACACGACCAAUUUUCCAUGUAUGGAAUAUUGAUGAAGACGGACAUUAUAUUAAGUCUUGCCACCUGCAAGUAACAGAAACAGAUCUUGUUUUACAUCAAAGAGGUGAACCACCAAUAGUCUGGCCUCUUCAUAGUUUAAGACGUUAUGGUUUUGAUACUGAACUUUUUUCUUUUGAAUGUGGCAAACGAUGUGCUACUGGACCUGGUAUUUAUGCUUUCAAAUGUAAGCAAGCUGAAGCUCUUUUUAAUGCUUUGCAAGAUUGCUUAUUAGUUCCUCGUUCUGAUAGUGAAGUUGUGACCAAUGGCAAUGGAGAGGAGACUGAACCACAGUCAUCACUUGUUGGAGAUGCAGAAAGCACUGAUACUGGCAGUGCUCUCUUGUUGCAGGAUACUGAUGAAAAGCCUGAAUAUACUUUUGAACCACAGCCAGGACCAUCUGCAAUGGCUAAUGGACAUCCAGCCCUCCGCAUAGGUAGGGGUGCUGUGCCUACUGCUCCUGUUACAACACCAAGUUUGCCAUCCACUCCUGUAGCAAGACACAAACAUUCACUACAAAGUGACUUUCUUUAUAGAAAAUGCAUGAAAGGUCUUCCACCUCUAGGUACUUUCUAUACAGGUACUAAAUUCUUGCCUCGAUGUUGUACAAUUGGAACAUGCAUCAGUGCUUCCAAACAGCACUAUAUGAAUGACAGUGUGCUGCGAAAAACAACUUGUGGUUCUUGCCGAACUUGUUCUCUUAAUAUGUGUGUACUUAAAACUAAUGCCAGUUCUGUCACAUACUCAGAUCGGGCUAAGCAAGCAAAUUAUGGGAAUGUUUUAGAUCAAGGAGGUCAUCCUAAAAAUUGUGUACAUUGUUGCUGUGAUUUUAAACCUACCCAAAAAAUGGGAUGUUCUGCUGAUGAUUGCCCACUCCAUUUCAAUAAUUGUGUUGAUCAGAUAACAAAUUAUGCACGUCUUGACAGCCACAAUCGUCAAGAGCAUGGAGAGAGAAGUCUUCAGAGAAAGGAGAAAGUUCUUCAAAUGCAACAGUCUGCUUGGUAAGAUUUGCGCCAGUGAAACGGAAAGGUACCAACAAUUGCGAUGACCUUUUGAGCACUUCUGGAUUCUUUUGAAUCAUUUCUAAAAAUUAUUCUUUUUGCAUAUUUUCAAGUGU